ACCUAACAUCACUCUCACUCCAAAAAUAGGCCAAACUUUGUUCUCCAUAAACCCCUUCCCAAACUAGCCCCACUUUUAAAUUACCUUUUUCUGUACAGAUGUCAAAACGCAAAGUACAUAAAUCCCCCCCUGCCCAAGAAUCCUUUUUCCUCACAAACACACGAAAGAAACCUUAGAAACAAGAAUGUUUGUUCCCUUACAAAGACGAGUCGCAAUUGUGCUCCUUGCAGUGUUCAUUUUCUCCAUUCCCAACACUACAACCGCAACUGAAACCAAAACCUCAGCUGGCCAUGCAAUCCCAUUUCCCAUCCACGAACACUUUAAUGUCAAACAAACCAUUAAAGAAUCUACAAGAAUCCACCCACCACCAUCUAAAACACAGGGUGUGGCAGAAGAAGAAGAGGAGUUUCUUGAAAAGGGAAACUGGAAACUCAAGCUUCUUCACAGAGACAAACUGCCUUUUCCCCACUUCACUGAUCAUCCUCACCGUCUCGAAGCUCGCGUUAAAAGAGACGUCAAAAGAGUGGAUACACUCAUUCACAAAAUAACAGGAGGCAAUAAUAAUAAUGUUUAUGAGGUGGAGGAAUUCGGGAGUGAGGUGAUUUCGGGUAUGGAGCAAGGAAGUGGAGAAUACUUCGUGAGGAUUGGUGUGGGCAGUCCUGUUAGAGAGCAAUACAUGGUAAUUGAUGCUGGCAGUGAUAUUGUGUGGGUCCAGUGCCAGCCUUGUACCCACUGCUACCACCAGUCCGACCCGGUAUUUGACCCGUCUCUUUCCGCUUCUUUUUCUGGGGUACCAUGUACCUCAUCCCUCUGUGAACGGGUCGACAACUCGGGCUGCCACGCAGGCCGCUGCAAAUAUGAAGUCAUGUAUGGUGACGGGUCGUACACCAAGGGAACCGUGGCCCUUGAGACGCUCACUUUUGGUCGCACCGUGGUUCGGGACGUGGCAAUUGGUUGCGGUCACAGUAACGGUGGAAUGUUUAUUGGGGCUGCUGGUUUGUUAGGUCUUGGAGGUGGGUCCAUGUCACUCAUGGGACAACUCGGUGGACAAACGGGCGGUGCAUUUAGUUACUGUUUGGUUAGUCGGGGCACUGGAUCAACCGGAUCACUUGAAUUCGGGCGUGAAAUACUACCCAUGGGUGCAGCAUGGGUACCAUUGAUCCGAAACCCACAGGCCCCUAGUUUCUAUUAUAUUGGCUUGUCGGGUCUUGGAGUUGGAGGAGCACGUGUAGCAAUAUCUGAAGAUGUUUUCAGGUUGACUGAGGUAGGAGAUGGUGGAGUGGUCAUGGACACAGGGACAGCCGUGACAAGGCUUCCGACAGCGGUCUACGAGGCGUUCCGUAAUGCAUUCAUUGCCCAAACCGCUAGCCUUCCACGGGCACCUGCCAUGUCAAUAUUCGACACAUGCUACGAUCUAAACGAGUUUGUGACGGUUCGGGUACCAACCGUUUCGUUUUUCCUCAUGGGUGGUCCAAUUUUAACCCUCCCAGCUAGGAACUUUCUGAUUCCAGUGGACGAAAGGGGCACAUUCUGCUUUGCGUUCGCUCCAUCUCCUACGAGACUUUCCAUUAUUGGGAAUAUCCAGCAAGAAGGCAUCCAAAUUUCUAUUGAUGGGGCAAAUGGUUUCGUGGGAUUUGGCCCCAACAUAUGCUAGGCUAGUAAGACUAUAUAGUAUGUAAAGUGAAGCUUUGCUACUAAAGUAAAUUUCCUUAAAAUAAUAUCAUUGAAGUAGUAAAGUAUAUAAACCAUAUAUUACAGUAGUAAUUAUGUGCUAAAUUAUGUGGCUAAUCUCCAAUGAUUAUAAUCCCAAAGGUAAUAUAAUUUUC